AGAUGCAAAUGUGAGAUGAACAAGGGUGCUACAUCCAUUGUCUACAGAUGCAGGCAGAAAGGAACCCAGAAGCCCUAUGCUGUCAAAAUGUUGAAGAAAACUGUAGACAAGAAAAUUGUGCGAACUGAAAUCGGAGUUUUACUUCGCCUCUCACAUCCAAACAUUAUAAAACUGAAGGAGAUAUUUGAAACCCCCACAGAAAUCAGUCUUGUCCUGGAGUUGGUCACAGGAGGGGAGCUAUUUGACAGGAUUGUAGAAAAAGGAUAUUACAGUGAGCGAGAUGCUGCAGAUGCUGUUAAACAAAUCCUGGAAGCAGUGGCUUACCUGCAUGCAAAUGGGAUUGUUCAUCGUGAUCUGAAGCCAGAAAAUCUACUCUAUGCAACACCAGCACCAGAUGCACCAUUAAAAAUAGCUGAUUUUGGGCUUUCCAAGAUUGUGGAAGAUCAAGUGACCAUGAAGACAGUUUGUGGAACUCCAGGGUACUGUGCACCAGAAAUACUACGAGGAUGCGCCUAUGGCCCAGAGGUGGACAUGUGGUCUUUGGGGAUAAUCACCUACAUCCUACUUUGUGGAUUUGAACCAUUCUACGAUGAAAGGGGUGACCAGUACAUGUUCAAGAGAAUUCUGAACUGUGAAUAUGAUUUCGUGUCUCCCUGGUGGGAUGAUGUGUCCCUAAAUGCCAAGGAUUUGGUUAAAAAGUUGAUUGUUUUAGACCCCAAGAAACGCCUCAGCACGCUCCAAGCUUUGCAGCACCCUUGGGUCACAGGAAAGGCAGCAAAUUUUGCACAUAUGGACAAUGCACAAAAGAAACUUCAAGAAUUCAAUGCACGGCGUAAACUUAAGGCGGCAGUAAAAGCUGUUGUGGCAUCAACUCGUCUUGGAAGCGCAGGUGGUCACAGCAGCCAUGACAGCAAUAAGGCCAGCCGUAAUCCAUCUCCAGUUCAUGACAGUGAACCCAUGGAGAAACCUACUCAGGAAGUAGAAGUAGAAGUAGCUCCUGAAGAGACAUCUUAGGUCAUUUGCUUUCUUAUUUUGGCUGAAAUUUGUCAUUUCAUGCACCGGCUAACUUGUCAAUCAGCAAGAGAAAUUUGUAAGCAUGGCCUCUCUGGUGGUUCUGCUUUGGGGUGCAAAGUGCACCAGCUGGUGAUCCUAACUUCAAUGCAUGUGACUGCUUAUGAAAAUAGUAAACUGUCCCAUAAGGCAUGUCAUGAAUACAGUGUUAUUUGCAGUAAUACCAAUCGGUGAAAUAUGAGAAUGAGUAAAUACUACUUACCAUACUACCUGCCAUACACAUUUUUAGUGUGUUUUUUAGACAGCAUUUGAAAUUAAUAGUAUUUCAUUUGAUUUUUCAUAAGUAAGUGUCUUCUAGAGAUCAUGGCAUUUCAUUGAACCUUUUUUUAAUUUUCAGAAUCAUAAUUCCACAGUAGAUGACUGGGGACUAAUAUCAAGCCAAUGCUUUUAAAAAAAGAUGUUUGAAACAUUUUGCUUUUUAUCUGUAAUAUUUAUAAACUGUUUAGAGAUUUAUAUGCAAAAACAUUCCACUAAUUCUGGGAAGAAAUUGAAACAUUAGUACAGGGGGCCAUGGAACUGUACAUUCCUCAAGCUUAUGUUCAGAAUGCCUUAUUCUACCUUUAACAGUUUAUAUACAGUAUUUUAAUGAUAACCAAAAUUAUUCUCAGAUUUCUGUCAUUUCAUUCUCUAGUAAAAUGUUAGCAAAACAAAAUGAUAGUAUAGUAUACAGUUAGAGUAGGGUAGUUGCAACCUUUUGAGAUGUUGUUGUAUCUAUUAAUGACUUUAUAAACUGUGCAGCUAGAACACGUUUUUAUGGGGGCUAAGAGAAAAAGCUGACAUUACACGUUUUAAUUACUAAAAGAAAAAUCACUGCAGAGUGGUUUUACUCUGGAGAGACGCUCAAAUACCACAGUGAUGGUAAUCACUGAAAUAGAUAGAUGCUACCCCGAAGAUCAGUCAACGUAAGUAACCCAGAUUUUCCUAACAAAGAACCCAUCCUGUAAAGUGAUCCACAUGGGCAGAUCUCUGAACCUGUUGGAAGCUCCCAUGCCUUCAGUAGGAUCCAUGCAUGAGGACCAGCUUGCAGGGUUAUCUAACUGACUGUUGCCAGACACAGCAGAUAUGAGCUGAAAAGUCAUUGGUAUAUAACUAUAUAUUUGUUUGUAAUUACUUUGAUAGUACCUGAAAUUCAUAAUGUAUUGGUAUGUUACAGAAACAAUACAACAAAACUGAUGUAUGACAAUA